UUCUGAGCAGUCAAUAGUCUUUUGAACAGUGUCCAGACACGUGAACUAUAUGUUCUUGUAUUUUAGGUAUCAGAUUUAAAAUUAUUAGAAGAAUUUUGGAUUACUAACAUUCAGAUUUCACCAUGUGUGGUGGAAAAGUGGCCAUACCACCUAUUGUCAAAGAAAAACGGAGGAAUUCCGAGAAGCGGAAAGAGAAGUCACGUGAUGCUGCCCGUUGCCGCCGCAGCAAAGAAUCUGAAAUUUUCUCUGACCUGUCUGGGCAGCUGCCCCUCGCCCCUGGGGUCGCUUCGGCACUGGACAAGGCCUCCAUAAUGAGACUGACCGUUGGGUACUUGAAAGUCCGAGAGAUGAUGAAAAUUCUUAUUCCAUGUGGUCGAACUGUGACGGGAUCCUCGAAUGAUUCCAUUUAUGCAGCUGUCUUGAAUGGAUUUUUACUUGUCCUUUCUGAGGAAGGGGACAUAAUAUACCUCUCUGAAAAUGUAGAGGAAUUUAUUGGCAUAUCACAGGUUGAUAUGAUGGGCCACAGUGUGUAUGACUUCUCCCACCCUUGCGAUCAUGAAGAUAUAAAACAAGUUCUUGCCCCAAAGAUCUCAGAGAAAAUUCAAAUUAAAACAGAUAACUUUGGGAGGGAAACAAUUUCGUUUUUUGUCCGAAUGAAGUCCACAGUGAAGUCGAAAGGAAGGACAAUGAAUCUCAAAUCUGCAGCAUAUCAAGUUAUUCAUUACAUAGGACACAGGUUCGAUAAGCCCAGAGGAGUGGAGGAUGAUGACAAGUGCCCCACGUUUUAUCUAGUUUUUAUUGGCAAGACAAUACCUCAUCCAGCUCAGAUUGAUGUGCCUUUGGAUAAAGACAUUUUUGUCAGUAGACAUAGUCCUGAUAUGAAAUUUACGCACAUAGAUGAAAGGAUAUCUGAAUUUCUGGGUUUUACGAAUUCAGAACUUAUUGGACAAUCUGCAUAUUCGUUCCAUCAUCCUUUAGAUGCUCAAACAGUGUUCUCAGCUUUCAAAACAUUGUUCUCUAAAGGUCAGUGUGAAACUGGAUAUUACCGUUUCCUUUCGAAGUAUGGGGGUUACGUAUGGUUAGUCACUCAAGCUACAGUCAUCUACGAAAACGGCACAAAGCCAGAAUGUGUAGUUUGUCUUAAUUAUGUUUUGAGCAAAGUUGAGAAUGGGCAUGAAAUAGUAUCUGGACAGCAAGAACAGAGCAUCAAAGAGAAGGAGGAAGCAGAGGACGAAAACAUUUGUGUGGCUGAGGAAGAAGGUUCGCCUUCUGAACCCCCCGUUUUGCUUUCCAGUACCAGAGUGAUAUUUGCUCCUAAAGAAUCAGUUAUGAGCAAAGACUUCUUGAAUUUUCCUGAUGCAGAUCUCCAAGAUUUGGAUCUGGAACCUCCACUUGAAAAGAUUCCAUGUUCAGUUGUUAAUUCUGCCACACUAAAUCAAAAUGUACUUUUCCAAGAAUCUUUAAAAGAUACAAAACUGAAUUUGGAGUUUGAUUUUUUUCAAGAUGAUCCUUGCACCUUAGAGAAUGGUAUCUCGGAGGAUCCAUUUAUUUCAUACAGAGAUGAUUCCCUGUCCUCCCCCAGCUAUUGUGGCACUCCAGAAUCCUCUCUCAAUCUGCAUACAAGCAACAGUACAUCCCCGGAUCGCUUCAACACAACACCUGGCACUCCAGACUCUGGCAGCCUGUCAGACAUACCGAGCUUAGAUCCCAUCGACGAGUUUUCAAAUUUAGAUCUAAAGUUUACAAUGCCUCCAUCUGCAUCUGACGAUUCAGAGUGCUGUGAUGAGAAUCUAGAUUUCAGAGCUCCAUACAUUUCUAUGAACAUGGACGAUGACUUUCCUCUGAUCAGCCCGUCAAGUUCUGUGAUGUGGGGACCACAAGAACCUGCUCCUAAAAAACUUCCUCAAGAGAGGCUCCCAGAAAUUGAGCCCCAACGGAUUUCACCUCCAAAGCAAAAACCUGUAACAGAAAACCUUAACUCCAGCCUUGCUGCGUUGUUGCAAUCUGAUGUCAAGAAGACACCCCAAAGCAAACAAGAAAAGAAUGCAGUGGCACGGAGAGAAAGUAACUCGCACAAACGAUGGUCAGGGUCCUCUGCAGACAACAACAAAUCCAGUUCUCUGAAACAGAGACCCUUCAACCCAUCAAAGGGAUACGGAAAUGGUGGACACAUCAUCAUGCUUGAUAGCAUACCAGUCAAGAAACAAAACAGCAAAUCUAAUGCAUCCCAGCGUCGCACUGCCCAACCCUCAGCGAGCGACCGCCGAUCGAAUUCUCCUCCUUUCGGCUCUCACACUGCCACAGUUAAAGUGAAUGACCGACUGAUUAAGGUACAAGUGUCUGUGUCAGAACUACCCACAUCACCCAUUGAGCACAAACAGCCAUUUCCAUCUCCUCCAGAUCCUCCACCAAAGCGAACGAGUCCUUCCCGCCUGGGGCCGACAGAGAGUCCGAAACGUCUGAAAGUUGACAACGGACUCAUCUGCUCAGGCCCUCAAGGUUUUGCCUCUGAUAGUGUUUUGUUAAACCUUCUAAUCAGCGGAGAAGAUGCCAGUCGUGGUUACCUCUGUUCGGGUAACAGUCGGUACUCUGACAGCAAGUUUGAAUCUGCUAUGCUCUCUCUGUCAUCUGACGACAGCAGCAGCAAACAAACGAACGAUUCAUCGUCAAACUGCACUGAACUCUUGGCAUCGGAGAGUGAACUUCUGGACUUUCUGAAAAUCAGUCAGUACGAUGCCGAAGUCAACGCCCCGAUCCAGUCGUCCCAUUUGCUGCAAGGGGAUGACUUGCUCAGUGCUUUGGACCACCAGCCACUUUUGAGGAACGUGCCUGCCCUCGUGUGAAACAAUUGUAUCUUCACACAGAAGUGGUGCGCCUCGACUCCACAUUGUGCCUGCCAAGUUGGAUAAUUCCAUCAUUCUAUAACUGUUUAAAUUAAUAAAAGAACAUUAGUUUAUGUGUUUUCUCUACUAGCUAAAAAAAACUUGGAACUGUAACUGUCAGAGCUACCUUGGCUAGUAGGAAAAAAAUGGAUGUUGCUUAGCUUUUUCUUUUCCUGCUGCUGAACUAGAUAGUUAGCAGCCUGCAAUGUGAUAAGAAUUUGUAUCUAUCAAAAAUUACGUAUGUGCAAUACCACAGAUUUUCAGUGAAUCACAUGAAUUUUUCCUUCAUGAGCUUUCCCACACUCGUUUAGUUUGCUCACAUUUGUUCACCAGUCUAGUUUUCAGUUGGCAAUAAAUAAGAGUAUCAAUGACUACAAUGAAUUUAAGUAAAAUGUAACAAGACUCAUGUAAUUUAAAAAUUGUGUCUUAUGCUGUUUAAUUCAGUGUUUCUCAACCUUCGUGGAACCCUCGAAAUAAUAUUCGUGAGGAGCCAUGCAUAAAAUUUUAACUUUAUUAGCAUCUUCCUUUCUCUUUUACAAAAUUCAAAUGAAAAGUGUUCCCCCCUCUCCUCCUGAUACAAUAUUUAAACAUAAAAUAAUUUAGAAUUUUUGGGGUUCAGAAGCUUUCUCUUUUACAAAAUUUAAGUGAAAAGGAUUUUUUUUUAAAUUUUAUUAUUGUAUAUACAAUAAUUAUUACAAUAAAUUAUUACUAUUUAAUAACUUGAGAUAAAUUAGCAAAAUUAUGAAAGGAAAGACAUAAAGAGCUCAAAAAAUGCAUUUAUAUAUGAUAAGCCAGUUCAUCACUGCUAUUCAUGAGAGCACUAGUUGAGAAACUCUGAUUUAAAUCCAACACAUUAAAAAUCAACAAGUUAGAAGAAUCAUUAAAUUUAAAAUAUUUUAAUCCCGUAAAUUAAAAGUUUACUUUUUUUUUUAUAAUAACUAUGUAAUGUUUUAGUAUAAAGCGAAAGUCAAAAUCACACAGCUUGGCAGAUCUCAAUAAAUUUUAAAAUUAGCAGAAAUGGAAGUUUACUAAAAAUAACUGGCAUUGAAAUACUUUGCUAAUCACAUUGAAAACUGUAAAUUACUGUACUCUGAGAAAUGAUUCUAACAUUACAGUUAAUUUAGAAAUGCAUGAAAAAUAUUUAAUGCUUCCUUCUCUCUCUCUCUUUUGUUUUUGGAUACUUUAUGAUUUCUAUAUUAUCUUUACUUUUAUCCUGUUUACCAUUUUAUUUCAUGUCCAAAAGCUGCUAAUUGAUCUAGUUCAGUCAUACAUUUUCAUUUUACUACAAUUUUCCACGUGUACAUCGGAAAUUCUCUAUGCAUUUGUGAUUGUCAAGUCAUAAUUUUAUAUGUUGUUGCUUUGGGAAAAAUAUGUACCAUGACAAUUUUAUGUAUUUCCCUAAUUGCAGGAAUUUUAUAAUUUCAGGUAGAAUUAAUUUUUAGUAAAAUACAGACCAGUAUGUGUGGUUCAUAUCUAUAUUGAUAAGAGCAGAGGAAUGUUAGACAUUAGGUGUAUUUAUUCUAAAUGUUGUAAAUUAUGCUCUUUGCAUCUUCAUUUGUAGAACAUUUAUUUUUAGAAAACAGGACACUUUUUACCAGAAUAUAUAUCCUCCUGCAUAUUAUAAAUAGAUAGGGCGAGUUUACAAAGAUGCAAUUUUACAUUUGAAAAUCUGCGAAAGAAAUUGCAAUGCAAAUUCAUUUCAUGAAUUCUUGAGUUGCAUUUAGUUGCAUAAAUGUAACUGUAAGAAUCACCACAAACUUUAUAUUUUGAGAUAUUUUGGUUAUAUUACCCUAACUAAAUAAAACAUUUUUUUUUAAUUCUUAAAUUUGUAUGGUUAAAAAAUAUGGUAAUAUGGUUUUUUUUUUAAUCGAAUUCGCAUAUUAACCCAGAAAAUGCAAUGUCUUGUGAAAAAAACUCAGGCUUGUGCACAAUUAAACAUUCUGAAUUCUCAACUGAAUUAGAAAUCUAACAAUCUGGAUUAAGUAGCCUAUUAGAUGUCAUCCCUUUCUUAAUCCAAAUUUUACAGGAAAUUUUACAAUGCCAAUUUUUCAUUCUUGACGUUCAUCCAAAACAAAAAUCUGUUUUUUGUUAAUUGAGGGAGAAAACUCGCCUAAAUCUAUAAUGGAUAUGCAUGGUAAUGCUUUAAUAUAUAAUCACUCUGAAAUCUAUAUGUAAAUCUGUAAUACAAUGAAGAUUCAUCAAAUGGUGCAUUGUACAGCAAAAUCAAUUUUAAUUGUGGAAUGAUUCAUGUAUUGAAUGUAAGUUUAUAAUGGAUAUGAUUCCUGUAGAUUAUUAAAUAAUGUCAUAAAAUAAUCUGCUUUGAGUAUGAUAAUGGCACAGUUUUUCCUCACGAGAAACAUAGUCGUGUGUUUCGAAACUGGUGACAUUUUUAAUCACAUUUUAAGAUAUGCUGCAGGUAAACUCAGGAUUAAAAUCUAAAAAUGUAUCAAGUAUUAUACAUUUUCUAUUUAAUGCAUGGAAUGAAAUAUAUUAGUACAAUAGAACAGAACAUGCCUGUAAUAUGAAUUUUAAACUUAAGAAAAUAGCACAUUUUAAGAAUUGUUUAAUAUUUGCACAUGAAAAAAUAAUAGUUGUUUAACUAUUUCAGGUAGAUAUAAACUACAUGUGCAUUUCUUUUAUUGAUCAAAGAAAAAGAGAACAUUUUUAAUUUAAAUUUUCAUCAAGUAACCAUAAAUUAAAACUAUUGAGUUUUAUGAUUUUGUGUAAGCGUGCAUCUGCCACCUUUCGGUAAUUCUGCAAUGCUUAGAUGUGUAAAUUAUUUAAAGAUUAUUCUAUGGCAUAUUAAUAUUAAGCAUUUAGUGACUCGUAUUGCAUUCAUGAAGUUCUUUCAUAGUAAAUAAAAUGCUUAAAAUGACAGCAUAGGUGUGUAUUUUAUAUUAAGUAUUGCAAAUUAUGUGAGUGUAUUGAAACACUACAAAUAUGCAUGAUUUCCUUUCUGUUGUAACUAAUACAUUUGCAUAUACAUUAUAUUUUGCAAAUAGUAAAACAGAUAUAUAUAUAUAAUGAAAAUAUAUAAUCAUAAAUUUAAUAUUUGUGUUCAAGUUGUGCCUUACUUUUUAAUUUGAAUGUUAAUGUAAUCAAAUUUUAUAGCAGAAUGAUUCAUUAUAAAUACUAUUUAAGCUUUUAUUAAUGAGCACCUAUUUCUAAAUCAAGUCACUGUAUGAAAAACUCAAUUAUACAUAUAUAUGUUUUUUAUUUCAGUAAUGAAAUUAUUUUACCUACAAUUAAUUCCUUAAAAAAACUAUAAAUGCUAUUUGAAACUUUUAUUAUGUGCACCUAUUUUUAAAUCAAGUCACUGUAUGAAAAACUCAAUUAUACAUAUAUAUAUUUUUAUUUCAGUAAUGAAAUUAUUUUACCUACAAUUAAUUCCUUAAAAAACUAAAAAAUUACAUUUUGAAAGUAAUUUAUUCAGUCAAACUUUGUAUGAGUUGGAAUUAACUUCAUAACCAUUUUUCCAUACGCACAUGCAGUAGUAUUCCAGUGUUUCAAUUAAAACGAAUACCUGGCUUAAAAUAUUUCUAAAUAUAGAUUUUGAAGUAAAACAAAAACAAGAAUCUUCAUGCUAAAAAACAGUGCAGUAUCAGUUACCACAGAUUCUGAAUUGCAUUAGACAAAUAUAAAAUAUCCUAUCAACACAAUAAAAACAGUUUAGUUAAUUUUAAAACAAUUCCUUAAUUUUUCCAUUUUAUGAUCAGUAUUCCUAUAUUCAUACAAACAUUUUGAAUCUUUGGAAAUGAAGUUAAAUUAUUAAUGCUAAAUAAAACACUAAAUUAAAAAUUAUUAAUAUUUUGUUAAAAAAAUAAAAUUUUAAAUUUUUAUUCAUAUUUCUAAAAAUAUCCAAAUGUAUCUCUAAAAACAAACGUAACUAAAUAUUUAAUUUAAUAAAUUCAGGGAGAUGCUGCUUUUUAUUCUUCGAGAAACACGUUCUAAAUCUGCAAAUGGAAAUACUGUUAUCUGUUUUCAUCACAACCUAAAGCUGAAGUUUAAGUUCCAGCAUACUACAGCAAUAUUACCUCUGUUAUGCUGUAGUUUAUUGUUAUCAGUACUGUAUAUACAUAUAUUUAUAUAUGCGCAGACACACAACGAAAAUAUGUACCAUCCAGAACUAAUGUUAAUAUUAUAAUUGUGGUUGAAAGUAAUCUCAAAGCUAUACCCUCCAAUCCCACUCUGGUGCUGUUCUAUUUUUUGUGGAUGCAUUCACGCUGUUAAUAACUUCACAUGGCGGCUGACACUGAAGAUGUUUCGGGUAUUCGAGCUAUAUAUGGGGUGAUUGGUUAAUUUUCGACGUUUGCUCAUGUUCUGGUGGUGAACUCGAAUAAAACUGGAAGAAAUAUAGUUUUAUCUUUACUUCGAGUAAUAUUAAUAUAUUAUAUGUAUUUUCUUCCCACUGCCUAAUUUAAAAGGAAUGGAGAUGCCUUAUAAAUAAAUUAAUAUCCUUUAGAAAAUAUAAUACAGAUUAAUAACAGUUUAAAUAAUUGGCCAUUAAAAUAACUUAAACCAUAGGACCUUUAUGGUUUAAAAUAGGAUUUCUUAAACUUUGUAUAAUGGUGAUCUAGUUUAUAAAUCCCUGCCUUAAGAUUAUUUGAGGAAUUUACUUUUUAUUAAUUAUUAUUUUUAUUUAUGAGUAUAUUAACAAUAUUAGUCAAACACCCAAAUAAAACCAAAAUAAAAUUCUGAAAUUAUCUAUGCUUAAUCUAUCUAUAUAUAUUUAUAGCUCAUAAUUUAGAUUAAAGGGAAAAAAUAUAAACUAAACAAACAAUGUGAUCAUUCAAUAAAAUAUACAGUAUAUUGAAUUAUUCAGUAUGAAAUGGGUUAAAUAUUAAUGUUUUCAUUUAAAAAUUAAUAACAACCUUAGAGUAAUACUUCUUAAACAUUUGUAAAAUAUACAUAAAUCUUAUUUUAUUAUCAAAAUAUAGUGUAAAUUUGAGAGUCAAACUGGUAAAUAUAAAUUACAAGAAAGUGUAUUUUUCUUCAACAGAAAUAAAGCAAACAUUUAAAACGAGGAAUAAUCAUUAUCACUUCAGAUGAUUAGAAGAAAUGGAUGUCUUCAUGUGCAAUUUGCUGCCAGUCAGCUUUGCUGAUAUAUAAAACUCAAUGCAAAACUUGUUGAUGUCCAAUAAAACCACUUCCUAGACAUAAAGUGAAUGAGAAAUAAUUUCACUUUCCUUAAUCACCAUUGUAAAUCAUUUUAAUAUGAUUCAAAUUUUACCUUGUAUUUUGUAUAGAAUAAAUGAUGAAUGUAAGGAAGAUUUUUUUUUAAUGUUUGUAGAAUUCUAUAAAAGAAUAACUUAUUUUUUUACCUUAAAUUGAAAGCUUUUUUUUUUCCAAUCACCCCUAUAAAACUGAAGUGCCUAUGUAAUUAUUAUUUUUAAUAAAGCAUUUGUAAUUAUGGUAAUGGACACACCAGUUUACAUUAUUUUUAUUUUGCUGUCCAUUAAAAGAAUUCUUUAACAAUUGUUACAGUUUUGUUACAUGUUGGAAAGUGUGCUGCUUUUAAAUGCAGCAAAUGUGCAUAUUAUUAUCUACUAUACAGAUUUAAGCAUUGUUUCUUUUUAAAUUAUACAUAAAUGAAAAUAUGUAAGUUGAUUAGAUCUUGAAGUUAGAGGAAAAUGUUCAUACUUUAAGCUACAAUCAGUGUCAUAUUUUGAACAAUUAAAACAUGAAAUAGGAAAAAAAAUUGCACUACUUAUUACAAUAUACUGAUGCAUCUACACAAAAUUUCAGGUAAAAAACAGUGUUUUAUAUUUUUCAGUACCAAAAAAUAUAUCUGUUGAAAUUGUUUUAAGAAUGUACCUUAGAGAAAAUUAUAUCAUUCAUAAAAUGUAUGAACUAUAUUAAGAAAUGUGCGUUUUAUUUCUGCAUACGUUCAGUUGUAAUAUUUAUGUAAAUAAUUAAAAUAGUUGCAUUUGGAUUCAAAUAUAUGCAGAGAUAUUUAUCUUAGAGUCGACUGUAGCAAAAAUAUCCUAAUAUUGUUAUGGUAAUGUUUAACUAUAUACUUUAUUGAGUUGAAAAAUUGUGUUAAAAAAUUUAAUUGGAACUUGAGUCAAUCAAAUAAGCUUAGCAAGAGAUAUAUACUGUAAUAAAAAUCAUAGACAUUUCUUGGUGUUUUCAUGAAUUGAUUACAAGUUAGAGCAAAUUAUUUUUGAUUAAAAUAAAUGUGAAUAAAAACUAAAACUUAUUUUUUAACUAACUUACCUGAAUUUUUUUCUUCUGGCAGUCAAAUUGUAAAGUGAGCAGAAAUAUCUCAGUGUUAUAAUAUUUAAAUAUAUUAUAAUAAUAUUAAAAUUAUGAUAGAUGUAUAUUAUUUUCCUUUUAUAUAGGUGUCAUAUUUAUAGGUGUUUUCCUGUGUGUUAUUUACUUAAAUAUCCUAAUAGUGUGAUAUGUGAUAUGAUUAUAUCUUUUCCUGUUUAUGUGUCUAGAAAAUAUGUUCAUUUCCUAAAGUUGUAAAAUUUACAAGUAAAAUUAUAUCUGAGAUUGUAUGUUGUGUAGUUUAAAUAAUAUAUAUAUAUAUAUUUCAGAAUAAUUUUUUAAUAAAGUCAAAUAUUUAUAUCAUUAUUUUUUCAGAAUAUGGCAUUUAAAAUAACUAUCUUUUGUGCUUUGUUUUAAAUACUUUAUGUAAUACGUAAAUUCAAAAUGCUAUUUAAAUUGUAUAACAUUUAAAUUAUGCCAUUUUACUGACUUAAACUGGGGGCUUGUAGCAUAUAUUUUGAAAUUAUUUAUUUAAGCAUUAACUGAUAAAUUGUGACUAAUGCUAAAUAUUGUAUUGUUUGGGUUCUUAACAUAGGUAAUUUUUGUUCUACAGGUCUAAACUUUGGUCUGUAAAAAAAUUCUUUUAUCCUCUCAUUGAGGGUACUUGGAAACGACUUAAUUACCGUACAGUCUGAUCAGAAGAUCAUUUGUUGCAUAUUUCAAUUUUCACGGAAGGAAAAUAGUUCACCACAAUUAGGUUAGGUUAUAGAAUUCUGAUAAAAAUGUAUAAUCUUAAUGUUUAGGAAACCUUCAUAGUUUAUACUUUAAAAUUCAUCCAAGAGGGAUAAAUCUAACAUGACUGUAGCAAGCAAGUGGGGGGGGGAAACAUAAUUCUCCAAAGUAUUACUUUUCUGUUGUGGACUUGUUAAGUGCCAAAGUUAUAUCAAUCAAAGCUUUUAAAUUUUCUGCCAUGAAAUAUUCAUGUACUGUUUACAUCUUCAAUGGAUUAUUAGGUUCAUUUAUGUGUGUUUAAAGCAAGUUUAAUGCAGAGUUUUUGUUCCAAUAUAUCUUUUGUAAUUCAUUGUUUCGACAUAUUCAUUUAUUGUGGAUUAAAUUAUAUCUGUUCAUAAAACUUUAAAGCCCAUUUAAUUAACUUAAUUCUUCCUUGUGCUCAAAGUGUCAUUCAACCUAUGUAACAGCUGUAAGCUUGAUGGAAACUUUCCGAGAGUGGCCAUUUAUCAUGUGAUUUAACCUAUAAGUUAAUGGAUUCUAUUUUGUUCAGUUAUGAUAUUAUGAUCUUUAAGGUAUGGUCCUUUUAAAGAAGCAUUUACAUUUUGCAUCACAUGUAAGUAGUAUUUUAGUAUAAAAUAAAGAUAUUCUGCUAUUUUA